GGCCCGAGGCUUUCCAUAUAAAACACAAGGACACCCUGACUUGACAGCGACUGUUUGAAAGCGAGGGGAAUAGAAAAUGGCUAGAUUUUUGAGGUCUAACUUUAGGGGUCUCCUCGCAGCUCAGAUUAGGAUGUCAUCGGAUUCAAGCCAGGUAAGGGGGGUGUUUACGAAAAUUGUUGAUGUCUUUAGCUUACUUAUCCCCAUUCUUACCCUGUUCUUUUUUUCCUUCUGCCCCCUCUUCAGGCAGAAGGAGCGCGAGGCCCUCAGUGCCCUGAAGAAGCACCACGAAGAGGAGAUUGACCAUCACAAGAAGGAGAUCGAGCGCCUGCAGCGAGAGAUCGACCGCCGCAAGGGCCAGAUCAGGAAGCUCAAGCACGACGACUGAGUGGGGCGGAUCUGCCAGGCGAGCCCCCCCCACCACCCCACGGGCUCUGUGCCGCCCGUCCUGCAGUUUGCUGAUGUUCUGUUAUACAUGCCAUGUCAAGUAAAUGCACAUAUCAUUUUCAACAGGGAACCUUUGUCUGUGUUGUUUUUAUUGUAAAAAAAUCUCACUGUAUCUUAGAUUUUACUCUGUUAGGGAAAAUACUGAUAAUGCUUUAUUUGAAUGGGGCUAUGUGACAAUCAUAACUAAUUCAACAUCAUGACACCCUGCAUUAAAAACAUCAAGCAAAAUAAACUUUUGUACAAACACUC